ACCUCCAUUCAUAUUCUGCAAUAUAUUCCUCAGUCCUCUGGAUAUCCACCGUUCAACCAUAUCGAAAUUUUGGUCUUACAAAUCCCACCUUGACAUUAUCAUCAUAAUGUGAUUACAUUCUCAUAAUAAAAUUAAGAACAAAUAUAUAAAGAUGGAGUUUACGGCUGCGACAUUAGGCAUCAUGUGGUUAUUAUUUUUCCCAAUCUUGGGGUGUAAAGCUCAUGAAGGUGCUGGCGGUGGCGGUCUGUCUAAUUUUGCGCCAAGUUGGAUGACUGGUUUUCAAAGAGGACCGGAAACUGCUGGCACGUUAUAUGGUCUUCCAAGUCCCUCGCCGCCUACCCCUACAGGUCCUCCAGCUACCCCUUCAGGUCCUCCAGUUCAGCCUUCAGAUCCACAGCCUUCGACGACGCCUCAGCCUUCAGAUCCAACGGGGCCUCCUCCUUCAGGUCUAGAUGCAUCACAGCCUCCAGCUACUCCAGCAGCAUCACAGCCUCCAGCUACUCCAGCAGCAUCACAGCCUCCGGCUACUCCAGCAGCAUCACUGCCCCUAUCGUUGCCUCGUUCUUUAGGUCCCCCGGAACGUUCAACGUCUCCCGAUAUUACGGCUCCUCAGGAUUGUGAGAGGGCUUAUUGUCAUCAUCACAAGUCUGAACACAUCCAUGAACCUAUUCAUGGACCUCUUACCCAGCCAAUGUUUAAUAUGCCGUAAGAAGCAGCAGCAAGAUUUAAGACGACAGAGACAGCAAAAUCACAGGCUAAAGUUGUUGCAGAAAAUGGCAACGCAACAUGUUUCGCAUACAAGUGGAAUAAAUUUAGUCUAUGAAAUAAUUAGUUUUAGAGACCUGUUUCAGGAAUUGCCUGAUAUUUAUCAAACAUAUAAACUCAUCAACUAACAACAUUCUAUUUUCUUCCUUUAUCAUUUGUUUUGCUUCUUUCUUCUUUUUUUUGAGUUUUUUCUCAUUUACAUGGCAUGAUAAUGUAAAGUGUUUAAGCUAACAAUUUUCUUUCGUUAUCGUACUAAAUACAUUUUCUUCUUCCUUU